UGAUUUUCGAUAACAAUCGGCAAUCAGCCGAUAAGCUACACAUAUAUAUGUGCAUAAAUAAGAAAAAAUUUAGAUUCAUCUACGGUCAACAAGCGCAUACAUUUUCAACAACAAACAACAACAAUAAUAAUAAUAACAAUUGUGUGCAUAUUGAGCAACCGACAACAAUAUGACAACGGCCGAAGCCGAACGUCCCGCCAGCAGCAGCGGCAGCAGCUCCUCAACUGUUGCCAACGGGCAACGGGGUGUCAGCCGUGUUCUCGCCAAGCUUUCGCAUUCGCUGGCGGAGGGUGAAUAUUACGAGGCCCACAUGAUGUAUCGAACGCUAUAUUUUCGAUAUACGGCUCAAAAGCGAUUCGAGGAUUGCCUCGAUCUGUUGUACGACGGCGCACAGAAAUUGAUCGAGCGGCAGCAGGAGAGCAGCGCUGCCGAUUUAUGUCUGCUGCUUGUCGACACACUCGAGAAACGGCCACAAACCGAUAAUGACACCGAUAAUUUUCAGUGGAUACCCCGAUUGGGAGACCUAAUACGCGAUCUCAGCCCCAGCACAGUAGAACGCGAAACGCUAAUUCAUCGAGUUGUAAAGUGGAGCAUUGGGGUUCACGGACACUUUGGUCAUCCGAUGCUGCACAAGCUGAUCGCGAAUGUCUUCUGGACUGAGGAGAACAUUGAGGCAGCCCGUCAUCAUUAUCUGCUCUGCCAGGAUGGCAGCCUCUGCGGAUAUGUCCUGAUCAUGAUCAGUGAGCGAAAGGGUUUCCGUAGCGAAGUGGAUUUGUUUGUGGUGCAGGUGGUGCUGCAACAGCUGUCGCUGGAGGAUCGGAAAUCGGCGGAUGAUACGUUCAGCGAGUAUACCCGCUAUCAUCCCAAGCUGCUGCGAAAUGAGUUCCCCUUCAAGGAACCGUUGCUCAAUUUUCUGUACUUUCUAUUGCGACUCAUCGAGGCGAAGAGUGCGUUGGGUUUCCGGGCGCUGCGCAAACUCUACGAUCCAUCCCUGAAACGGGACGUAUCCUUUAACAAAUAUCUAACGAAAAUUGGGAUGAUCUAUUUUGAUGAACAACCGGAACCGGUGCAUGCGGGUCCAACUGGGUUGGGUGGCAUGUUCGGCGAUAUAUUCAAUCAUCUGAUGCAGGGAUUCGAAGAUGAGGACGAGGAGCCAAACAGACCACAGCGACAAGGACAACAGCAGCGACUCAAUGCUAACAGUGAAUUGGAUUAACAGCAGCAGCAGGUGGAGGAGGAGGAUUAGGAGGAGGCAUCAGCAUCAUCAGCAAAGGGAGUUCAUUGAUAUACAGUUAUACACCGGGCUUUCUAUAUAAUGUUAUAUAUAUAUUUGCUAAAACUAAAACUUUACUAGCAACUGCAAUAAUACACGAAAUCAUU